GUUCUCUCUCUCUCUCUUUCUUUCUUCCACUGUAUCUGCGUGUGUUUGCGAAUUGUGCAAUUUUCAAGAUCUGAAUCAGAGAAUAGAUAAUAAUGGCUACACCGGACCACCUGUUCAACCUCCGCAACAACUUGUAUCUCGGGGCGUACCAAGCCGCCAUCAACAGCGGCGACGUCACCAACCUCUCCCAAGAAGACUCCCUCGAGCGCGACACCCUCGUCCACCGCUGCUACAUCGCCCUCGGCCAGCUUCAGUUCGUCAUCUCCGAGAUCCAUGACGACGCUCCCACACCUCUCCAAGCCGUCAAACUCCUCGCUCUCUAUUUCUCCUCCCCCGACACCAAGGAUUCCGCCAUCGCGAGUCUCAAGGAGUGGCUUGCCGAUCCCGCCAUUGCAAACAACGCCACGCUGAGGCUCGUCGCCGGUCUCGUCUUCCUCCAUGAAAAUGAUUUCAACGAAGCCCUCAAACACACCAAUGCUGGUGGAACCAUGGACCUGCACGCGUUGAAUGUUCAGAUCUUUAUUAAGAUGCAUAGGUCGGAUUAUGCUGAGAGGCAGCUUCGGAUCAUGCAGCAGAUUGAUGAAGAUCACACUCUCACUCAACUCGCCAAUGCCUGGCUCAAUUUGGCUGUGGGUGGGUCAAAGAUCCAGGAGGCGUAUCUGAUCUUCCAGGAUUUGUCGGAGAGGUAUCAGUCCACCAGCUUGCUCUUGAAUGGCAAGGCUGUUUGCUGCAUGCACAUGGGCAACUUCGACGAAGCCGAGACCCUUUUGGUUGAAGCUCUAAACAAGGAUGCCAGGGAUCCAGAAACUCUAGCCAAUCUAGUUGUAUGCUGUCUUCACCUCGGCAAACCAUCUAACAAAUCAUUCAGCCAGCUGAAAAUUUCUCACCCAGAGCAUGUAUUGGUCAAACGGGUAUCAUCAGCUGAAGAAAGUUUUGAUAGAGCGCUACAAUCAUUUUCCUCAUGAGUGUCGAUGAUUGAAUUUCUUUCAAGAGUUGAAUGGUGUGAGAUCUUCCCAUGCAAUUUUUACACCUUAUCGUGGCUAUUGUAUUGGUUCCGUAUCUUAGAACAUACUCAACUGGGUAAUGUGUCAUAGUAUUCAAAUUUAUAAUGUUUGGUUUACUUUAGUCUUGAUGUUGUAAAAGCUACAUCUGACAUUAAUUUUUAAACAAUUUCAUUUACAUCGUAUAUUUUACUAGAAAA